AUGUUCCGCUUCCUCUCCUCCGCCUCUGCGCGGCACAUCCGGAGAAGAAGCGAGAUCCGGGCCAGACUGGACGCUGCAGCCACUCGAACCGUCGAGUCUCUUUCGCGUCCCGUUCGCGAUGCGCCAAUCAGCUGCCAGAAUGCCAGAUUCGCGUCGACGACUACCGUGUGCUCUGCAGCAACAGGAGCUUCAGGAGUUUCCUCAGGUGUUGCGUCAGGAUCGUCCAAGGUGGCAGCUAAGGCGGGAGCGGAGAUCCCCUCGUUUGUCGAGUCGCUUCAGAAGAGGUUCGGAACGACGGACGGCCGAGAUUUCGUGCUGCUGACCGCCGGUCUCGCGUUGGCUGGGCUCGUUGGGGAGCGCAUUCUCUCAGACCGCCGUUCCUCCGCAGCAGCGAAGUCCCACCACCCGGCACCAUCAUCAGCACCACCACCAUCAGAUGCACCACAAGCACCACAAGCAUCAGCAUCACCGGUAGCCGCCCCCACAGAUUCGGCUUCUUCCGAACCAGUCACCACACCAGCAAGUGAUGCCGCCGCACCUGAACCUGCCGAAGCUGAAUCGUCUCCAGGCUCGGCGGCCGCAGGCUCGGCAGACGCAGGCCCGGAGGAAAUAAUCGUAACAGUGGUAGUGGACGGGGGAGAAGGUGAAACGGAGGAUAAGAGCUCCCCUCUAGCUGACGCUGUUGAUGCUCUCGCAGGCUAUGUGGCUGAGUUAGAGGCAAAGGCAGAAGAGAAAGCAGAGGAGAUUCUCAAAAGCCCCCCUCUAGCCGACGCUGUGGAUGCUGUAGCAGGCGUGGUUGCUGAACUAGGAGCAAAGGCAGAGAAGAAAACAGAGGAUGUGAACGCAGAGGUAGAAAAGAAAGCGGAGGAAAUUCUCGAGAGACCUCCUCUUGCUGAUGCUGUGGAUGUUCUGUCGAGGUAUGUGGAAGAACUAGAGGCGAAGGGAGCGGAGUUGACGAGAGAAGCGGAGGAGAAGGCGGAAGCAGUGGUGGCUGCGGUGGUGAGUGAGGUGGCAAAGGCAGGGGAGAGCGUGGAGGAAGCAGGGAGAGAGGUGGGUGAAGCGGUUAGUGCGUUGGGGGAGACUUUGGCAGAAGAGGUGAAAGAGGGAGGAGGUGAGGGGAAGGAGAAGGCAGGAGAGGAAGAGGACAGUACAGAUGACUGCCCGUUCUGCCAGUUCAUGAAGGGAGGCCCGUGCAGGGAGGAGUUUAUCGCAUGGGAGGGGUGUGUGGAGGCAGCAGAAAAGGCAGGGGAGAGCAUAGUGGACCGGUGUGUGGGGGCCACUGAGGCGCUUAAGACUUGCAUGGAGGGGAAUGAGGGGUACUAUGGGGUGGUGUUGCAGGCUGAAGCGGGGAUGAAGGCUGAAGCUGCGGCGGCUGCUGCUGAAGCGAGUGCUGCUGCUGGGGAGGUGGCGUUGGUGCAAGAGGCUGCUGCUGUGGUGGAGGCAGCAGGGGAAGGCGGGGUGAAGGAAGGAGAGGAAAGCGACGUAAAGGGAGGGCCAGGCGCAAUGGAUCCGGCGGAGGGCUCCGCGGCAGGUUCCGCGGAGCCUGCGGAUGGGCCCGCGGAAGUCCUGGCGGAAGGCCUGGCGGAAGGUCCGUCGGAAGGCGGAACUGGUGUUGCGGGUGGUGGGUUGGGUUCAGAUGCCGGAAGGGGAGCGGAAUUGGCGGGAGAAGGGGGAAUCGCCGAAACAGUGGGGGAAGGAGACGCCGGGGAGGGUGGGGGAGGGGCGGAAGCAAGUGAGGGGAAGGGCGUGGGAGUGGGCGGAUCUCCCCCAAUGCAGCGGGAGGGGGAAGUGGUGGCAGUAGGGGCGGAAGACGUUUUGGCGGAGGGGCAAGGGCAAGGCGCGUUGGUGGAGGGACAAGGGGAAGGCGCGUUUGCGGAAGGGGAAGGGGAUGGGGAAGGUGCUGGUUUGGGGGGAAUUGAAAAAGUGGCCGGAGAGGCGGCAACAGGCAGUGGUGACAUUAAGGGGGGAGAUAGAGGAGAUUUUUCUCCUUCGAGUGGGUGUGGAGUGGAUCAGGGAGGAGUGGGGGGAGAAAGAGGCGAGGAGGAGCAGAGAGGAGGGGGAGGGAAAGAUCAAGAAGAGAAAGGGGGGGAUGAGAUGGCGGAUGGGGAGAAAGGGGAUGAAAAGAAGGGGGAUGAGGAGAUGGGGAAAGAGGAUGAGGGUGGAGGGAAGAAGUUGAAAGGGGAGAAGGGGGGAGAGGAGAAGGGCGGAGAGGAGAAGGGGGGAGAGGAGAAGGGGGGAGAGGAGAAGGGGGGAGAGGAGAAGGGGGGGGAGGAGAAGGGGGGAGAGGAGAAGGGGGGAGAGGAGAAGGGAGGAGAGGAGAAGGGGGGAGAGGAGAAGGGGGGAGAGGAGAAGGGGGGAGAGGAGAAGGGGGAAGAGGAGAAGGGGGAAGAGGAGAAGGUUGGAGAGGAUAAGGGGGGAGAGGAGAAGGGGGGAGAGGAGAAGGGGGGAGAGGAGAAGGGGGGAGAGGAGAAGGGGGGAGAGGAGAAGGGGGGAGAGGAGAAGGGGGGAGAGAAGGUUGGAGAGGAGAAGGGGGGAGAGGAUAAGGGGGGAGAGGAUAAGGGGGGAGAGGAUAAGGGGGGAGAGGAAAAGAGGGGAGAAGAUAAGGGGGCAGAGGAGAAGGGGAGAAAACUGACGGGUGAAAUGGAUGAUGGGGAUGAGGAGAUGAAGGAAGCGGAGUCAGGAAGCGGUGAGAAGGGGGACGACGUGACACGAAGAGAGAAGGCGGGGGAAGAGGAGCCAGGAAGAGAGGCGAGGGAGGAAGAAGAGAAGGGGGACGAGGGGAUGGAAAUAGGGGCAAUGGGGGAAGAGGAGAAAAAGGGAGAGGGGCCACAUGAGGAGGAGGGGGCAGCAGCAGCAGCUGACGAAAACACUGUUGAGUCGACUGAAAAACUAUCAACAGAGAGCACUGCUGUGCAGCAGGUGCCUACUCACGAGAGGCCUCUUGUGCUGGAUGUGGCAAGUGUACCAGUCAAGGCUGCUGCAGCACAGAGCGUAACCCAGGGUGUAACACAGGCUGUAACGCAGAGUGCAACGCAGAGUGUAACACAGGCUGUAACACAGAGUGCGACCCAGAGUGUAACACAGGCUGUAACACGGAGUGCAACCCAGGGUGUAACCCAGAGUGUUCCUGGCUGUGCUGAGCUGCCUGACGCUCAGCUGGACGCUCAAGUGACAGCUGGUAUUAACUCACUCGAGUUGCCCAGCGAUGCUGAGGUUCCCGAGUCAGCUCAAAUCUCUGCUGCUGCUGUGAAGGCAGAGACUGGAGUGGGUGCUGCUGCGGAUACUACUGACUCACCUGUUGCUGACGCACCAGCUGAUGCGGCCACUAGACGCGACUGCUUCGCCACGCUGGCGGCUGGCCAGCCACUCACGGACCGCCAGCUGGCGGGCCUUUUCCCGCCGCAGCUGGUGCGUCAGAAGGUCGAGGCGCUCAGGAGGAUCAGGCGGGCGGCAGAGGAGAGAGUGAGGGUGGGGAGGGAGAUGGUGAGAGAGGGGGAGUGGGGGAAGCUCGUGGAGGAAGGGGAGAGGGAGGAGAGUGAGAAAGUGGGAGAGAGGAUUGUGAAACUGGAAUCCUUGCUGGCGGUUGUGCAGGCGCCAGCUGUCAGGAGAUCAUUGGAGAUCCAGCUCAGGUGCCUGAAGCUUCGUGGGUUGCAGAGGAAGGUUCGUUUUGAGGUGCUAGCUGAGAAGAGGAUCGCUGACUGGGCUUCGGGCGGGGAGCUGACUGGUCGUUCGGUGAACGGGCAUGCUGACGUGGCAGAUGCUGACGUGGCACGUGCUGAGCUGGCCGAUGACGAAUCGGAUACAGUCAAAGUGGUAGAAGAUGUGGCAGUGGAAAGUGGGCGGGUGGGGAAGAAAUGGAGAGCAGUUGAAAGUGAGAGUGAGAUAGAGGUAUUGGGAGAGGGGGAUGAGAGUGAGAAAGUGGAUAAGGAGAGAGAGAAGCGAGUGAGAAAGGAGGAGGAAGAGAGAAUCAUGAAGGCCAACGUGGCACAUGGGCGGCACCAGCCGCUGCUGGACUGGAGCCUGCUGCGUCUGACGCAUGCUGACGUGGAACGCGCGAUGCUGAGGUGGCAGCUGCCACCUGGCAUGAAGCCAUCAGAGGAGGAUGUGGAGGCGUGGGAGGUGGAGGCUGAGGUGGAAGACUUAUGGGACGAGGAUUACUAUGAGGAGGGGUUAGGGUUUGAGAUAGAGGCAAGGAAGAGGGAUGCUGCAGCGGCGGCGGCGGCGGCUGCUCGGGCUGCUGGUGGUGGGGCUGGUGUUAAUGGAAUUGGUGCGGCUCGACGGGCCCGUCGGGCGGCAGACUCGGUAGAAUCCGCCGCCCGGUUCUUCGCUGACGUGGCGCAGGCGGGGCGCGACAUGUCAGCGGCCAGCCUGGCGGAGCAGCGGCGGCGGAAGCAGCGGAGCGACGGCGUGCUGACGUGGCACGCGCGUCAGAAGCAGCGGGCGUCGCGUGCUGAGCGAAUGCGAGUGCAGGCACUUAAAGCUGGGGAUCAGGAGGCGUAUUUCAAACUAGUGGAGGAGAGUAAGAACGAGAGGUUGCAUACUCUUUUAGGGAAAACGGAUGAGCUUUUACAGAGGCUGGGGGCGAUGGUUCAGAAACAGAAAGAUGCUGGUGGGGGUGGGGGUGGUGGUGGGGAGGGUGGUGUGGGAGGUGGUGUGGGGGGUGGAGGAGGGGUUGAUGUUGCUUUUGGGGGAGGUGAGGGGAGGGGAGCAGCAGAGGCGGAUGGGGGAGCAGGAGGGGAGGGAGGGGGGACAGGAGAGGGGCAAGAGGGGCCGCAGGAGGGGGCAGCAGGGCAGUCGAAGCGUGACUUAAUGGAGGGGCAGAGGCGGUAUGAUCGAGCAGUGCAUUCGAUAGAAGAGAAGGUGACGGAGCAGCCCUCGUUAUUGUCACCCGGGCGGCAGCUUCGGCAGUAUCAGAUGGAGGGGUUACAGUGGAUGGUCUCCCUUUAUAAUAACAAUUUAAAUGGCAUUUUGGCGGACGAAAUGGGGCUCGGGAAAACCAUACAAACGAUCGCUUUUAUCGCGUUUAUGGCGGAGAAAAAGGGCGAUUACGGCCCGCAUCUGGUGUUGGCUCCCAAGGCUGUGCUUCCGAACUGGGGAGUGGAGUUUGCGGCGUGGUUUCCCUCUUGCAGUGUGGUGAUGUAUGAUGGAAGGCAGGACGAGAGGAAGCUUCUGAGAGAGAAGUUUGGAGGGGCGCUUGCAGGGAGGAGAGGAGGAGGAGGGAGGAGGGGCGGGUGGAGGGGGGGAGGGCGAGGAGGGAGGGGAGGGAGAGGAGGGAGUGUGGUGGAUGAUGAUUGGGGGAGUGAGGAGUCUGGGGGAGGAGGGGGAGUGGGGGGAGGAGGGGGAGUGGGGGGAGUGGGGGGAGGAGGGGGAGGAGGGGGAGUGACUGGGCCAGAAGGGGAAGAGUAUAAGUUCAGUGUGCUUCUGACGCACUAUGACCUUAUUAUCAGGGAUAAGGCGUUCCUAAAAAAGAUUAAGUGGCACUAUGUGAUAGUAGACGAGGGUCACCGGCUUAAGAACCACGAGUCGGUACUUAGUAAAACGCUGGUGGCUGGUUACUCGAUCCGGAAAAGACUUUUGCUGACCGGGACGCCGAUUCAGAACAGCCUCGGGGAGCUCUGGGCACUGCUGAAUUUUCUUCUGCCCGCAAUUUUCAACUCGAGCGACAAUUUUGAGGACUGGUUCAAUGCGCCGUUUGCGGAUAAGUGCGAUGUGUCUCUGAACGAGGAGGAACAGCUGCUGGUCAUUCGGAGGCUGCACCAGGUCUUGCAUCCCUUUAUCCUGCGUCGAAAGGAGUCUGGGGUCAUCCGGCCCUUCAUCGUGCGUCGAAACAAGUCAGAGGUUGCGAAAUUCCUCCCUCAGAAGCGCCAAGUCAUCCUCAAAUGUGACAUGUCCGCGUGGCAGCGCGAAUACCACUCCCAAAUCGCCCCCUCCUUUACUCUUUCCUCACGUCUCCACUGCCCUCCGUUUCUUAUCCUACUCCCUUCCCCCUCCCUUCCCCUUCUCCUCCCCUUCUCCUCCCCCCUUCUCCCCAGGUCAUCCGUCCCUUUAUUCUCCGUCGAAAAAAAAUCCGAAGUCGAGAAAUUCCUCCCACAGAAGCGCCAAGUGAUCCUCAAAUGCGACAUGUCCGCAUGGCAGCGCGAGUACUACUCCCAAAUCGUCUCCGCCGGCUGCGUCGGCCUAGACGACAGCGGGGGAGGAGGCAAAUCCAGAGCGCUUCAGAACACAGCCAUGCAGCUGCGCAAGUGCUGCAACCACCCGUACCUCUUUCUACUAGACGCACUCGACCAUCCCUACCAGCCGAAUUCCCCCAACGAGCGCGUUCGGGCAAGUGGAAAGUUUGAGCUGCUGGACCGGAUUCUGCCCAAGUUACAGGCCGGGGGGCACAGGAUUUUAAUGUUCUCUCAGAUGACUAAGGUGAUGGAUUUGUUAGAGGAUUACCUGCGAUCGGUCGGCAUGCUUUAUCUGCGUCUGGACGGCAUGACCAAAACAGACGAACGAGGCCGCCUUUUACAGCUGUACAACGCUCCGGAUUCGCCGUAUUUUAUCUUCCUGCUGAGCACGCGUGCGGGCGGCCUGGGGCUGAACCUGCAAACGGCCGAUACGGUGAUUUUAUUUGAUUCUGAUUGGAAUCCACAGAUGGAUCAGCAGGCAGAGGAUCGGGCGCACAGGAUUGGGCAGAAGCGGGAGGUUCGGGUGUUUGUGCUUGUGAGCGUGGGGUCUAUAGAGGAGGAGAUUUUAGAGAGGGCAAAAAGCAAGAUGGGGAUCGACGCGAAGGUGAUUCAAGCGGGCAUGUUCAAUACCACGUCGACGGCACAGGAGAGGAGAGAGCUAUUGGAGCAGAUUAUGAAGCGAGGGAAGAUUCCCGAUUUGGCUCUUGAUUUGCCGGAUGAGAGUGAGACGAAUCGGUUGAUUUCGAGAUCGGAGGAGGAGUUUGAGAUGUUUGAGCGGAUGGAUGAGAUGCGGAGGCGGCAGUUUGGGGCGGCGCGGCUUGGACUGAUGGAAAAGGACGAGGUGCCGGAGUGGGUGUUUUUCAAGGGGGGGGAGGGAGGGGAGGGUGGGGAGGGGGCUGUGGGGGAGGAUGGGGUGGGGGUGGAGAUGGGGAGGAGGAAGAGGAAGCAGGUGGUUUAUACGGAUGCGCUGAGUGAGUCGCAGUGGCUUCAGGUGAUUGAGCAGGGGAGGGACGCCCAGGAGAUUUUAACAGAGAAGGCUGAGAGGUUGAUGCAGAGGAGGGAGAGGAAGAGACUGAAAGUGGAGAGGAGGGAAGGGGAAGAAGGGAGAGGAGGUGGAGAGGAGGAAGGGGUGGAAGUGUUAGGGGUGGAUGAGAGUGAGAGAGAGGAGAGUGUGGAUGUGGGUGGGGAGGGAGGGGUGGGGGUUGGAGAGGGGGUGGUGGAGGGGGGGAGGGGAAGGGGAAGGGGUGGGAGGGGGAGAGGGGGUGGUAGGAGGGGAAGGGGGAGAGGAGGGGCGGGGAGGGCAGGAGGGGGGCGGGGGAGAGGGAGGGGGAGGGGGAGGGGGAGAGGCAGGGGGAGGGGGGCAAAGGUUGCAGACAUUGCAGUUAUUGGCAUUCAAGGGGAUGGGGAAGCAGAGGGGACGGAAGAAGGUCGAGGGGGAGGAGUGGGCGGAGCAAUAGGGGGAGGAGUUGGGGGAGGGGAGGGGAGCGAUGGGGAGGGGGGAAGUGGGGGAAUACCUUUUGCAGAAGCGAAGGUGAAGAGGAGGAGAGUGAGGAGGAGAAUUACAGGGGUGAUGGCAGGAGGGGAGGCAGAGAGAGGAGAGGGGAGGAGGGAAGGAGGAUGGGGAGGAGCAGAGAGGGGAAGUGGGGGUGGGCAGGGCUAUGCUGUUUUUUCUGCUGGGGUGAGUGGUGGUGGUGGUGCUGGUGCUGCUGCUGGUUACAGUGGUGGUAGUGGUGAUGGUGGUGGUGUUGUUGCUGGCGCUGGCUAUAGCGAUGGUGGUGGUAGUGGUGGUGGUGGUGAUGAUGAUGGGGAUGAUAGUGAUGGUACUGGUGCUGGUGGUGACUAUUCCGAUCGUGACUUCAGAGAGGGCAGCGGCGGCCGUUUUGGGCACAGCAGUGGAGGGUUUGGUGCUGCAGGGGCAAGAGGAGGAGGAAGAGGAGUAGGAGGAGGUUACUACAACGAGGGGAGAGGAGGUGACUAUAACGAGGGGGAGGGAGGAUUCAUGGAUGCUCACGAGGGGAAUGAAGAGAGCGAUGAAAUGGAGGGGCUAUGGGAAGAAGAGUAG